AUGGCCUUCUCAGGCUCCCCGUUUCAUCAUCACUUGAAGGGCCUCACGACGGAGUAUGAGAGACUCGUGGCCGAGAACGCCGAGUUGCGAAAAGAGCUACACAAGGACCCUCUGCGAGCCCUCGCCAAGGACGGCGAAACUGUCAAGCCGGUUUUGGCUGUGGUGGCGCCUCUGAAGCCUGCUUGCUUGGAGUUGCCGGGGUCUGUGCCGACCGACACAGAUUCGGCACCGCAAGGGCCGGGUGAUCCUCCACCGUCGCUGGACGAGAGAAGGAAGUCCCUCACCACCCCAAUAACUCCUAGAAGUUCGAAGUCGUCCCUUCAUACUCCACGUGGCGGGAAGGCCCGCGUACACGAUGCGAGUCCGGAAGAUAACUCGACUUUCCUGCUGCUGUUGGAUAUCGUUCCCGCUGGUGUCAUCUUAGUAAAUGCUGCAGUGGCAGGCAUAAGCGCGGACAUGGAUCCGGACAAUCCGAUGUGGCAGGUGCUCGAAAUUUGUUUCACCAUCUUCUUCAUUGCGGAGAUCAUAGUGAAACUCAAGAUAUUUAGCCCUCGAGAAUAUCUCUUUGGCCCGGACUGGUAUUGGUCCUGGUUUGACAUUCUCUGUGUGGUCCUUGCCCUAGUGGACCUGACCUUGACAAUCUCCGCCGAGACGGACGUCCAAUUCACGACGACAACAGCUGUGCCUUCAAAUGCAACGCCAUGUGCACCUGAUGCAGUGGCGACGGCCACUGGCGAGGGGAGCGGCGAUGCAAGUGUGGCAUCAAGCCUUAAAAUGUUGAAGCUGGCUCGCCUUGGCCGCAUCAUCCGAUUGCUGAAGUUCAAGAUCUUCACAGAGCUCAAGCUGAUGAUCCAAGGGGUUUUCACCGGACUGCGUGUGUUGUUCUGGGCGGUCGUGUUGCUGCUCCUCUGCAUGUACCUGCUGGGGGUUGUGACCAAGACCCUCUUCUCGAAAUAUGAGGAGUUUGAGUAUGUCCCAGAUGCCAUGUUCACAAACUUCCGAUGCUUCACUGAUGGUUGUGCAGCUCUGGAUGGCACUCCACUGCAAGAGCGCCUCCGAAGAGAAGAAGGAUACGGUAUCUUCAUGUUUGCUUACAUUCUUUUGUAUCUCUUCGUGACGAUUGGCAUCUUCAACCUGAUCAUGGCAGUCUUCAUCGACAACGUUGCAGACGGCAGUACGAAAAAGAGGCAGCGCGAGCUGGGUGAGAACGCACCGAGAACCGAAUGGGUCUUGGCAACAUCUCUCAGGCAGCUUAUCCUUACGAAGCUCUUCCACGAGGAGACAAAAGACAUGAGUCACAUCAGCGAGGAGGAGCGCAAGAGAAUCCUCAACGAAAAGCUGGAGAAGCUUAGACAGAUGUAUGGCUACAUGCCGCAUUCGGCUCAGGAGUACGAGGCUUUGGCCGACGACAUCCGUACGGACAUGACCAAUCGCAAGGUUGUAGUUACCCAGGAUCAGUUCAACAGGUGGCUCUGCACAGAGAAGGACUUGAUCAGCAAGCUUGAAGAUGCCGAGAUCGAUCUCUCAUGCAAGUCAGAUCUCUUCGAAGUUCUUGACGCUGACCUCAGCGGGGAGCUCGAGUUCGACGAGAUGAUCGACGGGCUGUUGAAGUGCCGCGGUCCUGUGUCGAAGACGGAUAUCAUCUCCAUCAGGCUGAAGACGGCCUUGCUUGUGAAGAUGAUGCAGGACCAGGUCAUGCUCGAGCAAUCCCGGCUCGCACUGCGUAGGCUUCAAGCAAGGAAUGCCGAGCUGGAGCAGGAAGUGGAUAUGGAGAAUCGAGCUUUCUUCACCGCAGGUGAAGUGGCACUGUCUUUCCGAGAGCAAACUGAGGUUUGUACCAUGGCGCAUGCGGGGCAUGCGGUGGCCGCAUGGAAGCGCAUCCGCACCGGCGGGAAGGCGCUGGCCGUGGCCUGGGUGCUAUCAGCUGCGGUGAACUUCGCCGCACCUGGCAGCGCCGAUGACAGGAUUCCUCUGGAGAGCCUCAAGGUUGGAACGGAGGUGGAUGCCCAGAUCCUGGCCAAACAUAGAUUCAGCGGCUGGUUUGUCAACAUUGGCACAGAGAGGUCAGCCUUUCUUGAGUUCGAGGAAGCUUGCGAUGGCUUCCCUACCGAGGGCAUGAACACGUGGCUUCGUGGAUCGACACUGACAGCCCGUGUGCUGGAGAACGACGGCAAGAAGAUUUGGCUAACGACCCGUAGCGGGAGCUUGGAGCGUCCGAAGCGCUUUCGGACACCUCCCGAGGAAAGCCAAAUAGCAGAGUUCAGUGGAAUUUCGUCGGAAGAAUGGGUGGACGCCGAGGUUUGUGGCAUGUUCCCAAAAGGAGCAUGGGUAAGGAUGACCACGCCAUCGACCAGAACCGACUUCCGCUGCCUGCUGCGCAAAGAGCACUUCACGGAGUCCUUCGUGGAGCAGAGCCAUAUCGGCAUGAAAAUCCAGGUGCGAGUGCUGGAGGUAAACCUUGCCCAGAAGCAGCUGUACCUCAGCAUGCUUGAGCCACAGGACGUCCCGACUGAGCCAUGA